AUGUCUGGCUUCUUUGCUCGUCAAGCUUGGGCUUCUGCCUCCAAGGUCCGAUCUACUGCUCUCCGAGCUCCCACGGCUGCUUUCACCUGCAGAGUCAACAACAUUGCUCCCCGACGAUGCUUUUCAGUUUCCAUGAACCUUCUCGCCAGAAAAUACACUGAGAGCCACGAAUGGGUCGACGUAGCCGCCGAUGGCAAGACCUGCACAAUUGGCAUCUCCAACUACGCCGCCGAAGCUCUCGGCGAUGUAGUCUACGUUGAACUUCCCGCAGUAGGCGAAGAGACAGCCCAAGGCGAGUCCUUUGGCAGCGUCGAGUCCGUCAAGUCAGCUUCUGACAUUAACUCUCCCGUUUCUGGUUCCGUCGUCGAGGUCAAUGACCCCAUCGUCGAGACACCCGCUGAUCUUGGCAAGGAUCCUGAGAACGAGGGCUGGUUGAUCAAGGUUGAGGCUGAGGACGUUUCUGCUUUGGAUGAGUUGAUGGAUGAGGCUGCUUAUGCUGAGCAUAUCAAGGAGGAGCACUAA